AUGGACGUCGAGAGUUUGCCUGCAUUCGCUAAUCCAACCACUCUGUCUACAGACUUACAAUGGAGUAGGUACGUACGUUUCUUGAAGACUAUAAUAGGAGAGGAUGACUGGACAACCCAGCUCAUCAUCACAGCCAAGAAGCUCACACUCCAACCCUUCUUCUUCACCUUUAGUCAUUCGUUUUUACUGUUUCCUUGCAGGUUAAGGUGUCGAUUCGAACAUUCAACAAUCAUGCUUACCUUCACAAAAGCCGUUGUCGCCGCCCUGGCGACUCUCAGUGCUGUCCAUGGUCUUCCCCAAGCCGCAACACCACCUUCUUCAUCAUCCCCUCCAGAGGACGUGGCUCUCCUCGCCCGCGAUUUGCGCGCGGCACCAACAGUCGUCAAGCGCUUCCAGAGACUUCUCACUCAGGGUGGAGCUCUCAUCACUGGCGAAGCUCUCAAAAAAGCCACGACCUUCGUCUUCCAUGAUGCAACACCUAGCCCAAAGGCAAAGGGUGGAGCAACAAAGUCUGCUAACGUCGAUACAUUUCCCAUCCUGACCGGUCUUGGACUUACAACUACAAUGGCAUUCAUUGAGCCCUGUGGGAUCAACGCUCCUCACGUUCACCCCCGUGCCGAUGAGUGGGUGACUCUCGUCGAGGGCAGCAACCUCCAUUUCGGCUAUGUACUUGAGAACGGCCUUGUGGCAGCCGGUCAGAAGUCCGAAAUCGCCGGGAAGCUGAACAAGUACGAGGGCACCAUCUUCCCCAUGGGUUCCAUCCACUACCAGUUCAACAACAACUGCAAAAAGGCAGUCACUGUCUCGUCUCUGAACUCGGAGGACCCGGGCACUAGCCUGGUUGCGCAGGGUUUCUUUGCACUGAACGCUGGUGUUGUAAACGCUACGCUUGGAUUUCCAAAGAGCAUCGAUGGCAGCAAUAUUGAGCAGUUCCGUAGCAUGAUUCCUGCCAAUCUGGUGCAGGAUGUGGAUAACUGCUUGGCAAAGUGCCAUAACUAA